CCGCAGGCGAUGCUAACGCUAGCCUUCACACCAUCAGUGGGAACUGUGUGAAGAUGCUCUCCGAAGUCAUCAACGUCAAGGCCUUGAAGGAACGUGCGAAAGAGGAGAAAACCAAACGACGCGACGUUGUAGUUCAUUAUGAUCGCUGUGCUACCGUGAAUGCUUUUCCUGAUGGUGCUGCAUAUUGGACACUCCGUGCGCUUCCCGCAACAUCGAUGACUACAACUCUUGCUGAUCUGAUAGGCUCGCUCAAAGAAGACACGAAAGCGAAGGGAGAGAAAACAAACGCAGAGAAAAAUGGUCGAUCUCCUAAUAAGAACAAGUCUAGUAGUGGCGUACGAGCAGAGCGUGUGGCGAACGAGGUCCCGCAAGAGAGGAUGGCUCCAGAGUUGGAUCCGAAAAUUGCCAGCGUCUAUCUUGCCUUGCCGCGCUUCACUCAGACGAACAAAGACGGAAAGAAACAAGCCGUAGGUAGACCAGAGUGGAUGGCGGUCAUCAAUUUGGAUAAUGAAGACAUCACCAUUGAUCCGAAAGAGAAGAGCUCAUGGCGAUUACAUCCGGAGGCGACGCAUAAGUCUUUCGGCCGUGUUGCGGUGACAGCCAAUGCUCGAGGGCUGGAAGAAGCAAGGGUGCAAGUAGUCAAG